GUGGCUUUGUAUUCAGUCACAAGUCCUUUCUUUCUCCGACUCUACCAAAACAAUUGUGUCACUAAAUAAGUAGCCAUCAUGGGCAGAGUGAUGUUGUGGUUUCUUGUUUCCUUGUAUUUAUGCUUCACUGGCCAUAUGAUUGGAGAGGCUGCAAGAGAAGGUGCGUUCAUGAGAGGUGAAGGAGGAUCCAAUGAGAUAGGAAAGAGUAACCGACACGUAACCAGGUUUAAGGGUCAACUCACAGCUGGUGGCUAUGGCGGAGGUGGCCCGGGAUAUGGUGGAUACGGACCAGGUGGUGGUGGUGGUGGUGGUGGUGUUGUGAUCGGUGGUGGAGGUGGGUUUGGGUCCGGCGGUGGUUUAGGUUGGGAUGGAGGCAACAGAGGAGGCGGUCCAGGAAACAGGUCAGGUGGUAUUGGUGGUGGAGUCAUCAUUGGCGGUGGUGGUGGUGGGUGUGGCGGUUCAUGUGUUGGUGGUGGGUGUGGCGGUUCAUGCGGUGGUGGUGGUGGUGGAGGAUAUGGACACGAUGGAGUUGGCAUGAAGGGAUCAGGCAGAAACUAGAAAUAAGCAAGCAGCUUUCUUUAUAUCAUAGGCUCAAGAAGAAGGAAUAAGGAUGUACUUUAGCAUCUUGAUCAAGCUUAGGAUUUUGUAAUGGUAUCACUUACAGCGGAAUAAGAAGAAACAAAAAUGUUAGAAAGACU